AUGGAGUCUUUCGAUGUUGCUGCAUUGUACACGAACGUCUCCAACGACUCGGCUAUGCAGGCAGUUUUUGAGCUUUUAACUGAACACCAGAGCUCUAUAAACAUGUAUGGCUUUUCCGUAGAGCAGUUGAUGGUUGUUCUCAGGGAAUGUCUCAAAUGCACUGUCUUUAGAUGGUCGGGCAACUAUUUUGCGCAAAUCAGGGGUCUUGCCAUGGGACAACGGUUGGCGCCAACGCUCGCCAUUGCUUUCAUGGCUAAGAUUGAGGCACCGAUUUGGGAAACACGACCUUUGCUAUAUUGCCGAUAUAUCGACGACUGUUUCCUUGUCUGUUCGUCUCAAGCAGAGAUGGACAACUGUUUCAAGAUUUUAAAUGAGCAGUCGGAGUAUAUAAAGUUCACUCGGGAUAAGUCCAAAGGAGAAUGGUUACCCUUCCUUAACGUCCAAGUGCAUAUUUCAAACAGAACGCACAGGACAAAGUGGUACCGCAAACCCAGUAAUAAAAAUAUCUUAGUUCACUUUCUUUCUGUCCAUCCCACGCAAGUUAAAAGGUCGGUAGUACGAAACAUGUUUCGCACGGCCACCUCCGUUUGCACUGGAAGAGAAGAAAGACGAGAAUCUAUCGAGCUUGCUAGGAAAAUUGCGGUCAGUAACGGCUACACACCUAUGCGGUCUAUCACAAAAAGAGCACAAACCCGAAAUAAAUCUAGUAUGGAGAAAGUACCCUUUUGUGUACCAUUUAUUUCCGAUGAGGUUAGCGCUGCUAUUCAGCGGUGUCUGAGGAAAGCCAAACUUGAAGAAUCUGUCACCAUCGUGGAGCUCCCCCCUAGUAACCUUAAGCAAAUACUCAUUCGUAAUCACCUAUAUGAUCGUAUUUGCACGACACCGGAGUGUAAAAUAUGCCCGGAUAACAACGAGGGUGAUUGCAUGAGUUCAUGUGUUGUUUAUAUGAUUUGCUGUGUACAGUGUGGUGACGAAUACAUAGGAGAAACAGCUAGACCACUAUGUAUUCGAAUCAAAGAACACCUGGACGGCAAAAGGAAAUCAUGUGACUCCACUGCAUUGGGUGGUCACAGGGUGCGGCGUCAUAACGGAGAAGAUUUUGAAGUUAAGAUCACGAUUUUGGAGCGCGAACCUAGCAUUGCGGCGCGCAAGGCUCUGGAGGCUUUUUGGAUCCACUCCGAGAGUCCAAAAAUGAAUCACAAGGAGGAAUGCCUCUCCAUUACGCGGGAACUCGCACCUUAUUUAAGGCUGAUAUUUGAUUGCGCUAGUCACCUCACAUCAGGUAUCUAA